AGAUAUACACAUACAAAUAAUGCCUUAACUCAAGUUAAUCGAUGAAGAACAUGAAAUGGGGGAAUUGAUCAGAUCAGAUCGGGCAGGUGAACCAUAUCAUUCACAUGCCUCUCUUCUUUGAUGGAAUCAAUUCAUUCCCAACUCUAAUUUAAUUAAAUGCCCUAAUUUAUAACAGAUCCGCCUGUAAUUCUGAUUGUCUGCCCUGAGAAGAAAGAGAGAAACGAAGGAAAUUAAGAAUGGCGGUAACUUUGACCUUCUCUGCCUUCUUGCGUUUUCUCUUCUUUGUAUAGAAAUUCCAUUACCAAAUACCCAACGCCCCACCCACCCACCCACCCCAGCAGAUUCUGUGCCAAUUAGGGAAGAACACUAGAAGCUUCUCAUCUCUGAUUGGCCCUUUCUUACGCUUUGUCGUAUGUCGGCGACGUUUUCGAACAAAAACACAGCAGCAAAAUCGAAAUUAUUGAUGAGGACUUGUUGCUGUUGGAAUGUUCGUAAAAGUUCCUAAAUGAUGUGGUCAAUACAUCUUUUACUGAGCAAACUUUUGAAGGCGGACGAAGAAAAUUUCGAAGAGUCCGCGGCCGCCGGGCAUCAUUUUAGCUUUAUUGCAAACUUAAGCAGCAUAUUACCUUCGCCAAACAAAUCGCCGAUGUUGUCCUAUUUUAUAGACGUCCCUCACAUAAACCAAGAGUGUAUGUGGGAUUGCGGCCUCGCCUGUGUACUAAUGGUUCUAAGAUCCCUCAAUGUUUACAGUUGUAGUCUUCUUGAACUUGGCGAGAUUUGUCGUACAACAAGCAUCUGGACCGUCGAUCUGGCGUAUUUGCUUCAGAAGUUUUCCGUGAGCUUUACAUAUUGUACCGUUACAUUGGGAGCCAAUCCAGAUUUCUCAGUCGAGACAUUUUACAAGGACCAAUUGUCUAAUGAUCUUGUAAGAGUAAAUAUGUUGUUCCAAGAAGCCCGUCAUGCCGGAAUCCAUAUAGAGUGCAGAUCAGUUGGCACGAAAGAACUUUCGACGAUUAUAUUGUCUGGAAAAUACGUGGCCAUUGCUCUAGUGGAUCAAUACAAGUUAAGUCACUGCGGGGCGGACGAUUAUGAUUCAGACAUGUACAGCAGCAGCAGCUACACAGGACACUACAUUGUUAUAUGUGGGUAUGACGGUGCGACGGACGAGUUUGAAAUUCGAGAUCCUGCAAGCUCGAGGAAGCGGGAACGGGUUAGUUGUCGAUGUUUAGAGUGGGCGCAUAAAUCGUUCGGCACGGACGAGGAUCUUCUGCUGAUUUCUGUGGAAAAGGGAGAUGGUCAAGAUGGGGCUUUGGGAUUGUUCUCGUGACGAUGAUGUUUUGUUUUAGGUGGUCUGGCUCACUCACUGUUGUAUUGUAUGUGUGUCUGUAUGUAUGUAUAUGUAUGUAUAUAUAUGUAUGUAUCAGUAUGGCUGAGCUUGUACUGUACUGUAUUAUACAUAAGGAUGGAGGAUUGGGGGAUGGCGCCUGUCCGUGUAAAUGUCGGUUGUGGUCAGCGGCGGAACCAGCGUUCGAAAUCUGGGGGCAAAAUGUCGAUUUACUUUCGA